AUGAAUUUUCACAAUCAUACUCUCACAUUGCUUGAUGGAACCGAUGUAUUAUUGGAUAUUCCACAAGAGCUCCCGCCACCAAAACAAAUAUCCCUUCCAGAAAAAGAAUAUUUUGAGAUGGUGAAAUGGUACACAAACACAUUGGGUAUGAACGAAUCACAGAGUGAGAAUGCUAUCAUAUCUAAUGAACUAUAUCUCAAGGAAUGA